AGAGCGAUGAUGCUCUUCUCCUACUCCCACUCCUCCUUCCCUCCUUUCAAAACCCUAGCUUUGAAUCGAAAGCUCAUACCGAUCCCCCGCCGCCUUCUCACAGUCAUGCUCUCCUCCGCUUCUAAGCAGCCAUUGGUGACUGUCCCGGACCUCACCGCCGACGAGACGGCGUUGGUAUCCAAGCAGGCGUUCCAAAGGUACACCGCCUCCGAUUUGAAUCGAAGGAAUGGUACCGGUGUGGCCAUUGUUUGGUUCCGCAACGAUCUCCGCUUGCUCGACAAUGAGGCGCUGCUCCGCGCUUGGGCAAGCUCCGCUGCCGUUCUUCCUGUCUAUUGCGUUGAUCCUCGUAACUUUGGGACUACGCAUUACUUCGGAUUCCCCAAAACCGGAGCCAUUAGGGUUCAAUUCCUGAUAGAAUGCUUGACGGACUUGAAGAAUAAUCUGAUGAAGAAAGGACUGAACCUGUUAAUACAGCAUGGGAAACCAGAGGAAAUCCUACCUACAGUCGUAAAAGCCACCGGAGCCCAUACAGUUUAUGCCCAUAAGGAAACUUGCAGUGAGGAAGUUUUUGUUGAAAGGCUUGUUCAUAAAGGGCUGCAGCAAGUGGUGCUGCCUAUAGGAUCGUCUAACCAGAAGCCUUUGAAUCCUAAGCUACAGCUUAUCUGGGGAAGUACUUUAUACCAUAUAGAUGACCUGCCUUUUGAUGCCAAUAAUUUACCAGACGUUUAUACACAAUUCCGUAAGUCUGUGGAAUCCAGGUGUUCAAUCAGGGUUUGCUGCAAGCUGCCAUUGUCGCUUGGGCCAGGUCCUAGUAAUGGACUGGAUGAAAUUGGUGGUUGGGGAACCAUUCCUUCGCUCGAGCAACUAGGUGUCCAUGAGAGAACGGCAAGUCAGUGUGACAACGGAAUGCACUUUGUUGGGGGUGAGAGUGCGGCACUGGGAAGGCUACAUGAUUAUUUCUGGAAGAAGGAUUUAUUGAAAGUCUAUAAGGAGACGAGGAAUGGUAUGUUGGGACCAGAUUACUCAACAAAAUUCUCUCCAUGGCUGGCAUCUGGAAGUCUUUCCCCACGUUACAUCUAUGAAGAGGUCAAGCGAUAUGAGAAGGAAAGGCUUGCAAAUGAUUCAACAUACUGGGUUUUGUUUGAAUUGAUAUGGAGGGACUACUUCCGGUUUCUCUCAAUCAAAUGUGGAAAUUCUAUCUUUCACAUAGGAGGUCCAAGAAAAAUAAUGUCAAAAUGGAGCCAGGAUCAAUCCUUAUUUGAGUCUUGGAGAGACGGCCGUACUGGAUAUCCACUAAUUGAUGCAAACAUGAAAGAACUAUCAACAACUGGAUUCAUGUCUAAUCGAGGACGUCAGAUAGUUUGCUCUUUUCUUGUUCGAGAUAUGGGCAUAGAUUGGAGAAUGGGGGCUGAAUGGUUUGAGACAUGCCUUUUGGAUUAUGAUCCAUGUUCAAAUUAUGGCAAUUGGACCUAUGGCGCAGGUGUUGGCAACGAUCCAAGAGAAGAUCGAUAUUUCAGUAUACCAAAGCAAGCGAAAACUUAUGACCCAGAUGGAGAGUAUGUCGCCUACUGGCUGCCAGAGCUGCGAUCAAUCCCGAAAGAGAGAAGACAUUUUCCCGGAAACUCAUACAUCAAGCAAAUUGUGCCUCUAAAGUUUGGAAGCCCAAGUUUGAAGCCUAACCCAGUGAGUGCAGAGAAGAAUAGACAGAGGAACCAGCGUGGAAGAUAGCUAAAACAAUCAUGAGAUUUUUAAAGCAAAUUGAGAGAAACAAUCAACAUUUCCCUUAACUUAUAUGCUAAUCUUGUUGUUCACUUA